UUUCAAUUGAUACAGGAAUGGGAUUAUAUUUAUGACCAGAAGAAUCUCUUCAUUGCGAAAGCCUUUUCGACUGCUACUUUCCAGGUGAUAGAGAACAUUAAGUCUUGUCUUUCAGAUGUACAACUUGAAAUGUUUUCCAAAACCUGUUUUGGACAUUUCCUUAACCUUCCUGAUUUUAAAGUUCAACCCCAAGUGUUUCAUGGGUUGUUGCUCCGGGAGGUUCAGCAACCUAAUGAUGCUGAGUUAUGGGUAAUGAUACGCGGUGUUAGGCUUAGGUUUAGCAUUGAGGAGUUUGCUUUGAUUACUGGGUUAGACUGUGAAGGUGACUGUAGUGUUUUAGAUUUUAAGCAAGACGUUAAUAGUCUUUGUGAAAAAUAUUGGCCAACUUCGUCCUCUAUCACUAAGGAAUCUGUUAGGGAAUGUUUUACCACCAAGAGGUGGGGUGAUUCUGAUGAGGAUGCUGUGAAGUUGGCAGUUUUGUAUUUUGUGGAGUGGUUCUUGCUUAGUGGCACUAAGCAUAAAAAUGUACCUAAGUCUAUUUUAGAUGUUGUAGAUAGUGGGAGGUACAAUGAAUUUGCUUGGGGCCGGAGUUCUUUUGAAUUGACUAUUUCCUCAUUGAAGGGUAAGCUUGAUAGUUGGGUUGAGGGUGUUAGGAAGGCAAGGAGUUCGGGAAAGAGGCCGAGUGUUUUUUACACUUUGAUUGGUUGUCCUCAUGUUCUUCAAAUUUGGUUCUACGAGUGUUGUAAGUACAUGAAAGGUAAGUACUGCCAAAAGGAAAACUCUCGUAUUCCAAGGAUCACUCAGUGGACAUGCAAUAGUCAGCCUACUUUCAAAGUUUUGAAGACUACUAUUUUUGAUGUUUCCAAAGAUAAGCUGCAACUUUCAAAUAUGAGGCCCACGGCUGGUGAGUUCAAAGCUUUGAAACUGAGCAGUUUCAAGUUUGACACUGACUACAACUCUUACAAGAGUCUUCCUGUUCCCGAACAGCCAACUGUUGCUCAGAGUGACAUUUCUGUCAAGCUUGAUGCUUUUUCUGAGAAAUUUGAUGGGUUGGAGGUCAAGAUCGAUUUGUUGCAUACUUCCCAGCAGAAGAUUUCAUCUGAUUUGGUUGAGUUGAAAGAGUUUGUGUCUGCACAGUUUGUUUCUUUUGGUGCUCAGAUGGCUUCAAUGCAGACACAGUUUUCUACUGUUUUUGCCGAUUCCUAUGCCAAGGACAAAGGCAGUGACUCUUCCAAUGAUGAUGAUGGAAGUGGUGAUGAAGCAGAUUUUGAUUUAAAUGAAUCUGAAGAAACUGAUGACAAUGAAGAAGAGAAUGUUAUGGGUGAUGAAGAAGGUGAGGGUAGUGAAGGUGAAGAGAAGGAUGGUCAAGCUGAUGAAGAUUCUGACUCAAAAGAAAAAAAUGAUAAGGGCAGUGAUGAUGAAUCCACUGAUAGUGAGGAGAAGGUAGAUAAGUAGACAACGUAACUAGGUUUUAGUUACUUUGUGUGGUUUAUUUUGUUGUAAGUCAGUUUUAGGUAGUGGUCUUGUAAUUCUAUGUUCUUGUAAUGUCUCUUGUUAUGUUUUAUUUAUUUUUUUUUUAAAAAAAAUUUGCAACUAUUUUUCAGACUAUUUAUUUGUAUUUAUUAUGUUAUUUAUAUGGCUGUGUUUAUAGAUUAUGUUGUUCGCAAUUUAUUGUUGGUCUUCUUAUUUUACUUGUUGUUUUUAUUUUGUUUUUAAGUUGUUAUGUAGUUUUUUUUAGUUGUUGAAGUCUUUAACAAAAAAUAACUUCACUUUUUUUCCAUUUUCUUUUUCCUUUAUUUUCUGUAUCAAGAAUUUCGUUGAUUUCAAUGACGGGCCUACUCAAAUAGA